GAGAGGAGGGAAUGGAGUGAGAACAGGAGUAACUCGCUUUACUCCACAGCACUAAAGCUACCGAACACACAUCAUAGCAUGCUUAAUUUCUUCCUCACGCGCACUAUCGGCGGCUAAGCCCAAAUAGUGCUCGGCUCCCUGUAUUAGUGCCCUCUGUAGGGGUUAACGCUGCGACGUGUCGUGCCCUACCUAGCACACUAGAACAUUGGGAAAAUCUCAUCUGGAGCUGUGACCAUCUGCGAGCUGCGUGAGGGUAAUAUUUGGCGUGUGUUCCCGAGACGAGUGAAGAGCGCCGAUGGUGAUGAUGAAGCCCAGAAUAAGUGCUGCCGGGAUUCACAGCGCCGUGCCAAACACACACCCUUGAGCUUUGGAAGAGCAGGACGAAAUGAGAUAAACACUGGAUGAUCGGAGUCUCAGCAUGGCAGGACUGCAGCUGGUGACCCCUGCCUCCUCGCCCAUGGGGCCUUUCUUCGGCCUGCCGUGGCAGCAGGAAGCUAUCCACGACAACAUAUACACACCAAGAAAAUAUCAGGUUGAACUUCUCGAAGCAGCUCUUGAACACAACACUAUAGUCUGCUUAAAUACCGGCUCAGGGAAGACAUUUAUCGCAGUGCUUCUUAUUAAAGAGCUCUCCCACCAAAUCCGCCAGGAGGAUGGGAGGAGGACCGUUUUCCUGGUCAAUACAUCGUCAUCUGUGGUUCAGCAGGCCUCCACCGUGAGAACCCAUUCGGAUCUUCGGGUCGGGGAAUACAUAGAGAGCUCGAAGUCAUGGACAGAGGACACUUGGAAUGAAGAGAUAAAGGAAAAUCAGGUGCUCGUUAUGACGUGCAACAUCUUCCUGCACAUGCUGAGGUUCGGGGUCUUGCCACUAUCCCAGAUCAACCUGGUCAUUUUCGACGAGUGCCACCUCGCAAUCACGGACCAUCCGUAUCGGGACAUAAUGAAGAAAUGUGAGGAGAGUACAGGCUCCCCACGUAUCCUAGGUCUGACCGCUUCCAUUCUGAAUGGCAAAUGUGACCCAUCUGACCUGGAGGAGAAGAUCCAGAACCUGGAGAAGAUCCUCAAGAGCAACGCCGAAACCGCCACCGAUCUCGUCGUACUGGACAGGUACGCGACCCAGCCUCGAGAGGUGGUGCUGGACUGCGGCCCUUACCAGGAUAACAGCGGCCUGUCCGAGAGGCUUCGAAACGAGCUGGACGACGCUCUUCGUUUCCUCAACGAUUACAACUUCUCUGCACACCGGGAGGACCGAGACCCCACUUACAUCCCCAAACAGGUUCUGAGCGACUGCAGAGCGGUUCUGACCGUGCUCGGCCCCUGGUGCGCGGAUAAAGCCGCCGGCAUCAUGGUGCGUGAGCUGCAGAAGUACAUCAAGCACGAGCAGGCAGAGCCAAACCGCAAGUUCCUGCUGUUCGCCGACACUGUCCUGAGGAAACUGCACGCCCUCUGCGAGGAGCGCUUCUCGCCGGCGUCGCUCGACCUCAAGUUCGUCACUCCCAAAGUGAUCAAGCUGCUGGAGAUCCUGCACGAGUACAAACCCUAUGAGAGGCAGCAGUUCGAGAGCGUCGAAUGGUACAACAACCGCAACCAAGACAACUACGUUUCGUGGAGCGACUCCGAGGAUGAAGACGACGACGAGGAGGUCGAGGCGAAGGAAAAGGCGGAGGCCAACUUCCCCUCGCCCUUCACCAACAUUCUCUGCGGUAUCGUCUUUGUGGAAAGGCGUUACACGGCGGUCGUUUUAAACAGGCUUAUAAAGGAGGCAGGGAAGCAGGAUCCAGAGCUGGCCUACAUUAGUAGCAACUUCAUCACUGGCCACAGCAUCGGCAAGAACCAGCCACGGAACAAGCAGAUGGAGGUGGAGUUCAGAAAACAAGAGGAAGUACUGAGGAAAUUCCGGGCGCACGAAACCAACCUGCUGAUCGCCACCAGCAUCGUCGAGGAAGGCGUGGACAUCCCAAAGUGCAACUUGGUGGUGCGGUUCGACUUGCCCACAGAGUAUCGGUCCUACGUGCAAUCCAAAGGCCGGGCGCGUGCUCCCGUCUCCAAUUACAUCAUGCUGGCCGACAGCGAACGCACAAAAGCAUUCGAGGAGGACCUCAAGACUUACAAGGCCAUCGAGAAGAUUCUCAGGAACAAGUGCUCCAAGUCAGCGGAGCGUAACGAGUGCGAGGCGGAGUCCGUACUGGACGACGAUGACGACGAUGUCCUCCCUCCGUACUCCUUACGGUCUGACGACGGAGGCCCGAGAGUCACCGUCAACACGGCUAUCGGCCACGUUAACCGAUAUUGCGCAAGACUUCCUAGCGACCCUUUCACGCACUUGGCGCCCAAGUGUAAGACGGCAGAGCUGAAAACGGGCGUGUACCAAUCCACACUCUUUCUGCCAAUCAACUCACCCCUCAGAGAGCCCAUUACUGGACCCCCGAUGCCCUGCGCGAGGCUUGCUGAGAAAGCUGUCGCACUUAUGUGUUGUGAGAAACUUCACAAAAUAGGUGAGCUGGACGAUCACUUAAUGCCGGUGGGAAAAGAGACUGUGAAAUAUGAAGAGGAGCUGGACUUGCAUGACGAAGAGGAAACCAACGUUCCAGGCAGGCCAGGCUCCACGAAGAGGAGACAGUGCUACCCCAAAGCCAUCCCAGAAUGCCUGCGAGGCAGUUACCCCGUACCGGAGCAGUCUUACUAUCUCUACGUGAUCGGGAUGGUUCUGACCACACCCCUUCCAGACGAACUCAAUUUCCGCCGGAGAAAGCUGUACCCUCCCGAGGACACCGCCAGAUGCUUUGGCAUUCUCACGGCUAAACCCAUUCCUCAUAUUCCUCAUUUCCCCGUGUAUACCCGCUCCGGUGAAGUGACCAUCUCCAUAGAGCUGCUGAAGUCGGGCUUCACUCUGAGCUCGUCCCAGCUGGAGCUCAUCACUCGCCUGCACCAGUACAUCUUCUCUCACAUCCUCCGCCUGGAGAAACCCGCGCUGGAGUUCAGGCCCACCGAGGCCGACUCGGCCUACUGCGUCCUACCUCUCGACGUGGUCGGGGAUUCCAGUACUUUGGAUAUGGACUUCAAGUUCAUGGAGGAUAUUGAGAAAUCCGAAGCGCGGAUCGGCAUUCCGAAUACUCAGUACACGAAGCAGAACCCGUUUACUUUCCGACUGGAGGACUACCAGGACGCUGUCAUCAUUCCAAGGUAUCGUAAUUUCGACCAGCCGCAUCGCUUCUACGUCGCCGACGUCUACACCGACCUCACGCCUCUCAGUAAAUUCCCCUCGCCGGAGUACGAGACAUUCGCCGAGUACUACAAAACCAAGUACAACCUGGACCUGUCCAACGUCAACCAGCCCCUUUUAGAUGUGGACCACACAUCCUCCAGACUGAACCUUUUAACCCCUCGGCACCUGAAUCAAAAAGGCAAAGCGCUCCCUCUCAGCAGCGCAGAGAAGAGGAAGGCCAAGUGGGAGAGCCUGCAAAACAAACAGAUUUUAGUUCCCGAACUGUGCGCCAUUCACCCCAUCCCUGCUUCUCUGUGGAGAAAAGCCGUGUGCCUUCCCAGCAUCCUCUACAGGCUGCACUGCCUCCUGACAGCCGAGGAACUUCGGGCUCAGACGGCCGUCGACGCCGGAGUAGGGGCUCGGAGCCUGCCGCCCGGCUUCAGGUAUUCCAAUCUAGACUUUGGAUGGAAGAAAUCCAUCGACAGCAAGUCAUUUAUUUCCUGUCCCAGCACCUGCACAGAGGACGACGACGAUGAUGAUGAUGUAGACGACGACGAUCACUGUAAGCACGCUGCUAGCUCAGCAGCCCCAGAUCGCACUGCCCAGGAGGACCUCAGCAUCGGCUCGUCGGAGCCCAGAGAGGAGGGCUCUGUCUCGCAGGAGAACUGCGACACGCCAGAUGUAAAGCUAGAGAUGUGUGCACACAGAGUCCAGCUAACAGAAGAACACAGGAGCGUGUGCGAACGCUCCAUGAACCUCAGCGACGGCCAUGAUGUUUUUCUAAACUGCCAGCUAGCAAGCGACGUAUCGACACAAACCACUACCUCAGUUCCGAGUGGCGAGCGCCAGGACGGCCAUGAAUGUAACCCGGACGAGAAAUCCGAUUUCCACGACGGACGUGUGAAGAAACCUACCUCAGAGCGUCGGCUCGCUUGUGGAACGCCAACCAGCACCGAAGCACCUUCGUCAACUGCGUCGUCGACGUCAGCACUCGAGACCGUCGCGCUACCCGGGGACUGUGUAAAAGCUCUGGGCCCGAACCCGGGUCUCAUCCUGCAGGCCCUGACCCUCUCGAACGCCAGCGACGGGUUUAAUCUGGAGCGUUUGGAGAUGCUGGGUGACUCUUUCCUCAAACACGCCAUCACCACCUACCUGUUCUGCACUUAUCCUGACGCCCACGAGGGACGGCUCUCCUACAUGAGGAGCAAGAAGGUCAGUAACUGUAACCUGUACCGCCUGGGGAAGAAGAAAGGUCUGCCCAGUCGGAUGGUGGUCUCCAUCUUCGAUCCGCCGGUCAACUGGCUUCCCCCAGGCUACGUGGUGAACCAGGACAAGAGCACCACCGACAAGUGGGACUCGGAUGAGGUCGGUCUCCCACAGCUCGCGCCGGCGAAGGAAGACCUGGCCAACGGAAAGGCCACCAAGGACGACUUUGACGAGGACGAGGACGACGCGGACUACGACGAGGACCUGAUGUGGAAGGAGCCCAAGGACGAGGUGAACGUCGAGGACGACUUGGAGUACUACCACGAGCACAUCAAGUUCAUCGACACCAUGCUGAUCGGCUCCGGCGCCUUCGGGAAGAAGUUCCCCCUCGGCGACUUCCCUUUUGAGCCCAGCGGCGAUUGGAAAGCGCCCAAGAAGGCGACGUGCGCGUCGGACGGCGGCCACGACGACUUCGACUACAGUUCCUGGGACGCCAUGUGCUACCUGGACCCGAGCAAGGCGGCCGAAGAGGACGAGUUCGUCGUGGGUUUCUGGAACCCGGCCGAGGAGAGCUGCGGAGCUCAAACAGCCAAGCAGUGCAUCUCGUACGACCUCCAUACGGAGCAGUGCAUCGCCGACAAGAGCAUCGCCGACUGCGUGGAGGCCCUGCUCGGCUGCUACCUGACCAGCUGCGGGGAGAGAGCCGCCCAGAUGUUCCUCUGCUCGCUCGGCCUCAAGGUGCUGCCCGUGAAGAAGAGGAUCGAGACGAAGAAUGAAGGCGGCGGCGGCGGCGGCGGCGGAGAAAGCCACUCAGAAGACGAGUACGGCUGGCUACAGAUCCCAGCACGUUGCAUGUUCGAGCACCCAGACGCCCAGCGCACUCUCGACCACUUGAUCUCAGGUUUUGAAAACUUCGAGAAGAAAAUCAACUACGUGUUCAAAAACAAGGCCUACCUCCUGCAGGCCUUCACACACGCCUCGUACCAUUACAACACCAUCACAGAUUGUUACCAGCGGCUGGAGUUCCUGGGCGACGCGAUUUUAGACUACCUCAUAACGAAGCACCUUUACGAAGACCCGCGGCAGCACUCUCCCGGCGUCCUGACCGACCUGCGCUCCGCGCUCGUCAACAACACCAUCUUCGCGUCGCUCGCCGUCAAAUACGACUACCACAAGUACUUCAAAGCCGUCUCGCCCGAGCUGUUCCACGUCAUCGACGAUUUUGUGCAAUUUCAGCUGGAGAAGAACGAGAUGCAAGGCAUGGACUCUGAGCUGCGUCGAUCCGAAGAAGACGAAGAGAAAGAGGAGGAUAUUGAGGUCCCCAAAGCAAUGGGGGACAUCUUCGAAUCACUAGCCGGGGCAAUUUACAUGGAUAGCAAGAUGUCACUCGAGACCGUUUGGCAAGUGUAUUAUCCAAUGAUGAGGCCACUGAUAGAGAAAUUCUCCGCCAACGUCCCUCGGUCGCCCGUGCGAGAGCUGCUGGAGAUGGAACCCGAGACCGCCAAAUUCAGUCCGGCUGAGAGGACGUAUGAUGGGAAGGUUCGCGUGACUGUGGAGGUGGUGGGAAAAGGAAAGUUUAAAGGAGUUGGACGGAGCUAUCGCAUCGCUAAAUCAGCAGCGGCACGGCGCGCCCUGCGCAGCCUCAAAGCCAAUCAACCUCAGGUCCAGAACAGCUGAGCUACACACACAGACAUACAUACACCGGCCCUCUGCGACACUCUGAAGCCUCUUCAUGGGCCGCCUUCAUUCUGUGUCCUCCUCCGAGAGAAAUUACCAUCGACAUCCUCCGAGAGAAAUUACCUUCGACAUCCUCCGAGGCUUCAGACUGAAUUCAUGGGUUCCAUUGGGUUUUUUUUUGUUUGUUUCUUUGCGCAAACACAAUCUUUACCUUUUUAUUUCCUCCACGCUGUUUGAUCACAAGACUGCUUUAUUCUGUAAGUGUUACAGGUCAGGUGUCUGCUCUUUGUCCUUGUUUUUUUUUUUGUAUUACUUCCUUUAAAGAAAAUCUCCUGCUUUGUUGGUAUUGCGUAAUCAGCGUAUGCUUUAGAGUAGUGUUAGACUAUAUAUAGUUCAAACGAAAACUAUACAUUUAAAUGAGAGGGAAAAGAAAAAAUGGACAAAAACGCUAAACUCCUCACAGUCUGUGCACUAGUGCCAGUUUCUGAACCUUCUUUUUUUUUUUUUUUUAAACUGCUUCGAUGAAGAGAGCACGAGAGAGAGAGAACACAGCGGGAGAGAGAAAAACGGGGGGAGAGAGAGAGAACACGGAGCGAGAGAGAGAGAGAACACUGAGCGAGAGUGGCGUUUUCCUCGGUCUUGAGACGCUGUCCUUAAACUUCAUUGCACUUAUUUCGUUCUGUUCCGCUCAGUCACGUACAUUUCAUCGGAUCGGCACCAAAUUCAUCGAGUGUAGUGUUUUUAGAUAGAAAGACCCUCCUUUAACAUUCCCACUUACUGUAAUUCAGCGUUUUAAAAAAAAUUAUUAUUAUUAUUUUUUUUUUUUAAAGGAACGAACAUGCUAAUGCACAGAACAGGGAACCGCAUGUGCACAGGGCUGAUUGGUAGCCGUUCACUUUCCACCACUGCUAACAGCAUUAGCGUGUCUGAUCUUUUAAUUUAGAAGCACGAUGCAUGUUUUUAUAGCUGUGUAGACCAACUGGAUGGAUUCUAUUAAAUAUGACUAAAUCUUAAUAGAGCUACCCAUAUAUAAACCAUUAUAUACAGAGGACAAUAUUAAGCGUUUAUUACUGUGUGGGGUUUCUGGGUUUCAGGAACCUUUUUUUGAUACCAGGAACGAAAUUUUUUUUUUUUUUUUUUUUUUUUUUGGGGGGGUUCAGUCGGACGAUCGUCGCGAGGAUUAGACGUCACCGCGUCGACCGUUUUUUAGUUUUAAUCUUAUUACACAAAAACGACAUAUCGCUCGGGAAAUAUGCUGCAGAUUUUAUACAGGAAAAAAAAAAAGAAUAAAAGCUCGGACGCUUCUGUAAGACACAAAGCACCUUUACGUACCGAUGUUGUAAUCAUGUUCAUUCACCUCACCAAAGUGAUGCGACGCGAUGCUGCGCCAGUGAACGCGUUCCUCCGUGAUUUCACUCGCCUCGAGACGUGGAAACCAGCCUUUCGUUUUAUGCGUGUCGUCUCACGUAUUUGUCUUCAUAUUAAUAGGCUUUUUUUUUUUUUUUUUUUCCUCAAAUACCUCAGUUAAUUGCAUGCAUGUUCUUUUUCUUUUCUUUUUUUUUUUUUUUCGGUGCUAUGUUUGUUUAUUAUUAUUAUUAUUAUUAUUAUUAUUAUUAUUAUUAUUAAGCUUGAAUUUCUCAUCUUUUUUUGCACUGUAACUAUAAUACCUCUUUAUUUGACCUAAAUCAUGGGUUUGCUCAUCCUGUUCUGGCAGCAGUCAAGUUGUAGAGGUCAGCUUCAUCAUUUCCCGUUUAUUUUUUUUUUUUAUUAAAUGCUUGAAAUUGUGGGCAGAAAAGCUGAGAGAAGUUCUCUGCACAUAAAUAACCUUCAGCUCUUUUUUUUUUUUUUCCUCCCGUAGUUUGACAGACAAACCGCACGUAAGCUUCGGCUCAGUGCGUCUGUGUGGAACUCCUCCUUUUUAAUCAAACCAGUGGAAAGGGUUGCUUAACACUUGUGGAAAUCAACAGAUUGCACUCUAAUCUGCUUCCUUAACACGUAUACAAGCCAUGUUUCCCUCCUUUCCUUUCAGUCUUUAAGUCUUACUAACAUGCCACCUUUCAUUUGUGCUUUUUCUUUUUUUUUUUCACUUGUUUACUUUUUGCUCAACUGUGGAGGCAAAACAAAACAAAAUGCAAACCCCGUCAAUCGAGCUGUCGGCUAUAAUUAAUCAUUGCAAUGUUGUGUUUGUGUUUUGGUUUUUUUUUGGUUGAUUUUGACAUGUCACAUGAACUACCUGACUCAGUGAAGAGGAUGGCUGUGAUUCCUGUUUGGUACCUCCCGUUCUGCGCUCUGCUGUUUUUGUUUUUGUUUUGGUUUUGGUUUUGCAGCACGGCUGGAAUUAUUCCUGAAGUGAAAUCUCGCAGGCGACUCUACCUCACAAAACACCCUGUGUGACGAGUUUAAAACGAUAGCAGUGUUGUUUGUUGAUGGAGCUGUAAUCUAUCAGACGUAAAGAAGGUGUUUAUAUCUGCUCCUGUACUCUUCUGUGCACCUUAGACGGGGAUGCUUGUACACACACUACAAUUUGCACUAGACUCCAUUCCCAUUCAAAUCAUUUUUUUUUUUUAAAUAAUAGUUUUUUUCCAAAUAAGAUGCCCAUCAAUGGUGCCUUUUGUCUUUAGAGCAUACCAACGUACCAUCUCUACCAUUAUAACCAUAUCUUUGGCUAAUUGUAGCGAGCAGGUGCCAUGUAUUAUCAGCGUGUUGGUUGUUUGUUUGUUUGUUUGUUUUUAGUCCCAGCAGACAUGCGUGUGUCACUGCCUGGCCUCACCUAACUAACGCUCCUCCGAGUGCAAUCUUUUCUUUGAGCAAGAGUUGAGCGACCCUGCACGCUUUGCCUCGGUUUCAUCCCCCACGUUCGAUCCGAGCGGGUUUCCGCGUUGCCACACAGGAUUCGAAAGGUUGGCUCGGGAGGAAGGAGGGGCUUAAAGGAAUAGUUUGGUUUUAAAAAAAAAAACCCCAAUGAAUUUACAUAGACGCAGUUUCCGCGGCGUGUGUAGUCGAGCAGCCACGGUGUUUUUCGGUGUGUUAGAAAUCGAAGUGUGCGUACGGCAGCGCUGUAGACAGUCAGAAAGUGCAGCAGUUUAAAUUUGUUUAUCGUUAGGAAGUUAUUCUGUAAGGAAACGGUAAUUAUAUGCAACGUUUCUGGAAGGAGUCUCCGGUGUCGUUUGUGUUCCGUAAUUUCGUCUCCACAGCUUCAUGAAAGAGGACAAAAAGCGAGGCAGUUGAGGAACAUGUUUAUAGCAGCUAUAACGUGAGCGAUGACUGACUGGAGCGAACUUCUUUCUCAGACAUUCCACGGGAUGAAACUGGUUUUAAAAAAAUAAAACAAUAAUAAAGAAAUAAAAUGCUUCGAGGAAACAAUCGACUCGUUGGCGUCGGGACGUGUGCGUCAUGCUUGGCAGGUUUGCAAAAAACAUCUGCUGUGAAAACAUUUCAACGUUCAGAUACACAGUGACGUUUUGGUCACGUUUCCAGACGACGGAAACACAUCAGCCAAUCCAACGAAGUGGGCGUGGUUUGAGGCAGAUGUUUGCUACGUAUUAGCUACAUACGUCAUAGCAUACACUCAUAAACUCCAGCGCAAAAACAUCAUGCACCAAGCUGAUCUUGGCUACGUGACUUAUCUACGUUUGGAGUCGACAGGAAGUGAUAUAAAAUCUUUUUUUUUUUUUUUUUUUUUUUUUUUUGCCAAACUAUUCGUUUUCAGCCUUGCUAUACAAGUUCGACACGCUUCUUUAUUUCAAUGUCAGAUUUCUGUGAAGCUCUUCUGUACACAAUGUGAAAUGGUUCCUAUGGUGCCACACCCACUUUCUCAAUGACAUCAUCACAGCUAGCGAUUGAGCACUCGAGCUAGAUCUACUGCCUUUGUUUAGAGAAUGAUGCAAGUGUUGUGUAAAAUAAACACUUUUUUUUUUCUUUUUCUUUUUUUCUCGUCGUCAGAAGGGGGGUUUCGAUGUCAGGUAGUGCUCCAUCGUACCGCAGACUGCGUUUCGUUUCUUUUCCCGGCUCAAAGGUUUGUUCUUUUUUGUUUUCUUUCUUUUUUUUUUUCCUUUUUUUUUUUUUGUACAUGUAGCACAAAUGAACAUUGCACUUGGGCGCCAUACUUUACCUCAUGUCAGUAAGAAAAGAAAAUAUGUAUAUAUGAUACCAUUACGUUAAAAAGAAUUGUGGUUUUGGCCUUUGCUGCUGUUCCACUGCUGGUAUUUUGCAAUUGUAAUAGUAAUAAUAAUAAUAAUAAUAAUAAGUGAUCAGAAAGAUAUGAUGUACAGUGUGCCUGCAGGAUAUCAUUGGAGAAUUAUACUGUAGACAAAAAAAAACCAAGAAGUUCAUCUCUUUAAUCUGGGGCUAAAUGUAUGUCCUGUGUACACCUUCAUGUCCUGCCUUAAUGUAAUAUCGUCAAUAUUCAAUUGUAAAUCGAUCGGUUCCUCCGACAGGCAUGUCUUGCAUUAAGUUUCGGCCCGUCCUGUUAGUUAGGUUAUAUUUAACAUAUCGUAGCUCCAGAUCAAGUAGUGCAUGUCAGUAAAGAGAGCUCCCCCUUUUUUCUUUCUUUCUUUUUUUUUUUUGUUAUAUACCUCGUAUGUAAUCAUUCUGCAGCCCCUAAAUCCGUGAAAAAAAAGGGCUCGAACAUGCAGUUGUCUACAUUUCAGUAUUUUAACAUUUUCGCUAUUUUGUCCCCCUCAUAUUUUUAUUUUUAUUUUUUAUUUUUUUGACCUAAUCGAAAAACAAAAACGAAUAAUCAUAUGCACUCGGAUCAGCAUCGAGCUGGCUGCAUAUUAUGAGGAUUGAGAUGUUAAAUUUAUUUUGGGGGGGAGGGGUGGGUUGUGGGAACGUGGCUCUCGAACCAGCCAGCGUUUUUCGUCCAGAGACGCUCCGGGCCAUCACGAGUUGCAGCGUUGAACGAAUUCUUAUUCAUACUGUAAAAGUGCUGCAGUGGUUUACGAUCUGCACCUUAUGGAUCACAAACACCUUUAAUACUCUUUAUUUUCCCUUUGUAAAAAAUUUUUAAAAAAGAAUAAAUAAAUAAUUGUAGUUAAAUGUAUCUACAAUAAAGUUAUGGUAUGGUCGUCCA